UCGCUGCGAGCAGGAGCAGCCCGGGAGGAGUGAGGGGGACUCGGGAGGAGUCAGGGGGGAACGGCCGCCUCUUCCACCACAGCGUGUCUGAGCAAAAUGAAACAUGGAUGAGGAGGUCGCAGAAAGUUGGGAGGAAGCGGCGGACAGUGGGGAAAUGGAAAAACGGUUGGAAGAGAAGAUCAGGAUCAACCAGAAAGAAAGGGAGUCCAGUAACAAUUCUCCGCCAAAGACAACCAUGAUGAUACAGGACGACUCUCUACCAGCGGGGCCCCCACCUCAGAUACGCAUUUUGAAGCGGCCGACGAAUAACGGGGCACUGGGAUCCCCCUUGAAUCAGAACAGACCUACACCGCAGGUCAAGUCUCUGGCUCAGCGAGAGGCGGAGUACGCAGAGGCAAGGAAGAGAAUCCUGGGCAGCGCCUGCCCAGAGGAGACGCCUCAAGACAAGCCCAACACUGACAGGCCAGGACGCAAUAACUCUACAAUGCCUUUAGAGGACACCCGAUCAACCAAUCACACUGUCCGACAGCCAGCCGGUCCAGACGGCACCCAUGGCUUCCGACAGCACAGAUAAGUGGGCCUCAGCCAUCGAGAGGAGAGAGUUCAGGGGCCUCCUGCGAGCAAAGACACAUUGUAUUCUUAAACUUCCUUCAGUUCUAUGAUAUCAGAGGAGCAGUGAAUUACAGAGGGGCACUGCUGCUCCACUCCUCCCACCAGCAGUCGUGUGGAACUGCCAGGGAGCGAGGAACUCCAGGACGAAGUCAAACAUGCUCUUUUCUCUCUCCCAAUCCCGUCUGUUUGACACUGUGAUUAUGGACAUAUUCUGGACUCACUGUGAUGAUCCCUUUAAGAGACGCCUCUCACCUCCAUCUCGCUCCUCCUUCAGUGCCCGGCGGCUCCUUCUCAGGAUGCCUGCAAGGCAGAAGCAAAGACUUUACAGGAGACGUGAUGGGCCAUAGCAAAAUGAGAUGAGCUGGUGCUUGUGCAGCAGCUUCUCCCCAGCAAUAAUACCACACAUCCCAUCUCAAACUAUUCAUGGUUUUUAGUUUUUCAGAUGUUGGUUCACAUUUAUUUUUUAUCUUUUUAAGGAUGACCAAGUGCAGAUUAAAGUAUUUAAUUAUUAUUCACCACAAAAACAGCAAUUAUGAAGAAUUUUUAAAAUAAACAGGAGUAGCUGCAGUUUGUAUUGAAUAGACAUAUAGAUAUAGAUAGCAUUCAAAGUUUCGCAAUUUGUGUUAAAAUGAUUGUAAAAUGCCACAUUUAGGUUUUUACACAGUUUGAAUGCAGACUCCAGGGCUGCAGCUUGUGGUGUCAGAUCUCCCACAGUGAACUCACCCCGAAUGCUGAGUAUUUAAUUGCUACCUAUUCAGUAACUGAGCUGUUAGCAUUAUCAGUGCACCCCUUAAUGUGUAUAUUGCCAUUUGUUUUUAAAAAACUGAGUGUAAGGGUCAUGUGUGUCUAGUUGUAUGUCUGACAUGUUAUGUUUACGGUUUUUGUUUUUUAAUUAAGCUUUACAGCUGU